AUGGUUUCGCUGGGUGCCACCGUCGCGCUUGGCGAUUCGUACUGUGGCAACGUAGUGACUUGUCGCCGAGGUAGUCGACUAUUGAGUAUGGACGCGAGGUUUCUAGCUGCUGCACCGCAUCAGCAUUCCGAUGAACUGCAGACGUCGGGUCAAUGGGUGGUACGAGAUAGAGUACCGCUCGAGGCGGGUGGUACUCAUGCAAGGGAGUUGACGUUCGUGCGGAGGCGUUGCUGUUUCUGGGUAGUUCGUGGUAUCACGUCUAGCUGCUGCAUUUUGAACUCGAGCCGAACGCUUCAGACGAGCCAAGAGGACUGUCAGCUAAUGAGGUCGUGA